CCCUCCUUCCACAGCUCUAACCCCUAAGCCACGACCUCUCGCCCCCACCCCCACCCUUCGCCGGAGAGCGUGUGGGAAGCAAAGGAAGACGCAGGACGCCCUGGGAGCACGGGGUCAGUAAAGGCGGGGGCUCGACCCAGGAGUGAUGCAGCUCCCGUUACACUUGGGAAAACGGACCCAGAGGGGAAGAUUCGUGCCCCACAUUCCCGCCUCCCACCCCCCCAGGCGGGGGACUUGGAACGGUCCCAGGAGCCCUGGCUCCCAGCCAUGAGCUCCGCGAUGAGGGAAUGAGGUGAUUGCGGUGGAUUGGAAGGGCCUGAAGGAUGUCGACCAAAUCAACAUGGACAGCACCAGCUCGCUGCACGGGAGCAGCCUCCACCGGCCGUCCACCGAGCAAACCCGAACUGAUUUCUCCUGGGAUGGCAUCAAUCUCUCCAUGGAGGACACCACUUCCAUUCUGCCGAAGCUUAAGCGAAAUUCUAAUGCCUACGGCAUUGGGGCCCUGGCCAAAUCAUCAUUCUCAGGGAUUUCUCGCAGCAUGAAGGACCAUGUGACGAAGCCCACAGCCAUGGGGCAAGGCCGGGUGGCCCACAUGAUUGAGUGGCAGGGCUGGGGGAAGACACCAGCCAUUCAGCCGCAACACAGCCAUGAGGCGGUGCGCAGGGAUACCGAUGCCUACUCCGACCUCAGCGAUGGCGAGAAGGAGGCACGUUUCCUAGCAGGUGUCAUGGAGCAGUUUGCCAUCUCCGAGGCCACACUCAUGGCCUGGUCUUCCAUGGAUGGUGAGGACAUGAGCGUCAACUCCGCCCAGGAGCCAUUGGGCUGCAACUACAGUGACAACUACCAGGAGCUGAUGGAGAGUCAAGAUGCCCUUGCUCAAGCCCCCAUGGAUGGAUGGCCUCACUCCUAUGUGUCCCAGGGCAUGUACUGUCUGGGGUCGUCAGAUGCCUGGGAAGCCAGUGACCAGUCCCUCAUCGCCUCCCCGGCCACAGGAUCCUAUCUUGGCCCUGCAUUCGAUGACUCACAGCCUAGCUUGCAUGAAAUGGGGCCUUCCCAACCUGCUUCCGGGUACUCUGCUCAGGAGCCUCCACCUUUGCUGGGGGCGGACGCUGACUGGGCUCCGGGGGGCGGUGGGGUGGACCUGGCUAGGGGCCCUGCUGAGGAGGAGAAGAGGCCGUUGGCCCCCGAGGAGGAAGAGGAUGCAGGAUGCCGGGACCUGGAGUCACUUUCCCCACGAGAAGACCCUGAGAUGGCCACUGCCCUCAGCCGGAAGGUGUCUGAUGUCACGUCCUCAGGUGUGCAGUCCUUUGAUGAGGAGGAGGGCGAGGCUAACAACUAGCUUCCACCGACUCCACGCCCAGCCUUCCACUCCCAGCUGAGGGGCCUGGCUGCAACAACACCCUCCCUUCCCCCAGCAGUACAGCUGAGACCCGGGCAGAAGACCACGAGGAACCCAGGAGUUGCCUGUCCUCGCCAGGAAAAUGGAGAGCCAGGGUGGGAUUUAAUCCAGGCAUAUGCUGUAGAACCACAGGUCCGGGAACUGAGGCCCAGGCAACCAGAUGGCCGUGAACUUUGCUUGGCUGCGGGCUUCCGGGUCUGUGAUGAUGAAGCUCCAGGGCGUCUCCCGAGGUCGGGAGCACAGAGCGGCUUGUAGCCGUCGAUGGGGAUCUCACUUCUUCACUUUCUGAUUCGUCUUCCAGGAGCCCUGACUGUGGCUGUGGGAAUGCCUCCUUUCUCCACGUCACUCUUGCUUUUCCCGACUCUGUGUUUUCUCUGGCUGUGGCCCCAGCUCAUCCCCACCGUGAGGAACAGACCUCAGGGGCUAUUGGUUUGGCUCGACAGGCACAGGGGAAGCCACCGAAAGGCACAGGUCCUUAGAGGGUGGAGAAUCUGCCCUCGGCGAAAAAUGGGCUUCUGAGAUCGGGAGUCAUGGGGGAGGUGCGUGUGGCAGCUGGGAUGCACAGGGACUCGAACACGAUUCUUUACAUCAAGGCCUGCCCACAGCUCAGAAAGUCACCGAUGAGACCAAGAACAAACAUGGCCGCCUGUUCUGGGACCUUGACUAUCCCAUGGCUGGAAGGAAGAUCCAAGGAUCUGGGGCCGGGGCUGGCUGCUCCAGCUCUUGCUUCCUUUUCUGCCUUCUUCUGGCUCCUGCUCUGGGAACCCUGGCCCUGAGGGGGUGAUGCAGAAUGCAGGUGUCCUGGCCAAACGGGGAAGCAUGAGGGCUGUGUCUCCCUCCAUCCACCCUCUAAUUCUCUGGAGCUGUUUACACUUUUC